CAUUUGCCACCAUCUCCUGCUGCGUCUACUCACCUGGAAGACACGUUGAAAGCCAUAGAAGCCACAGGAUAACGCCACAAAUAUCCAGAAGACCGCAUUGAUCAGUUACGUUUUAAAAAAUGUCACAAUCAGCAGUAGCACAUAUUGAGACAUUCCCCCCUGAGCCGGUGACGCUGUUCAAACAACUAAUUGAUGCAUUCAGCAAGCAAUCAAUAGAUGGACUGACACUAAUGAAUUUGGCCACCGUUGAUGAGGAAUUCGGUGUGCUCAACCGCAAUGUGUUGUAUCGCGGCCUCAGCGACGAUGACUGCAUCAUCUAUGUGACCCAGCGCUUUACACGCAAUUUUAAGAACCUUCAUGCGAAUACCAAAUGCUCCAUUGCUUUCUUUAUGCCCCAAGUUGUGUUGCCAUCGCAGGGCCCAAAUCCGGCACUGUGGCAGGUGCGUUUGAUUGGUGCCACCGCCGAGGAGUUGCCCGACUCUCAAUUGGAUGCGUGGUGGGAGAAGGAGUUGCUGUCAUCGCAAAUACGCGACUAUGUCUUCCCCUGCGGCCAGCCGGUGGAGUAUCGAGAGUUGGUGGCGAAACACGAUCAGUUUCUCGCUGAUCAUUUGGCCUCAGGACAACCCCUAAAGCGUCCCGCUACCUACACGGCCUUCAAGUUCCGCGCCCAACGUUGGGACUUCCUCAAGGCGGGCAGCGGCCAAAUUCCGGAUCGUGUGCAAUAUCGUCGGCAACCAAAUGGAGAGUGGCUCGCCACACAUGUUUCCACCUGAAUUUUUGCCA